AUGUACGAAAGCGUGGAUGUCGUGGGUUUGAGCCCCAGCCCUCGCAGUCCCAGCAGCGGUUCUUUCCUGAGCAUGGACUACUACCACAGACCACCGGGGUUCGAGCCUGAGAAAGGACUUCUAUCCGGCGUCGGGGGGCUUCAGAGGCCGUUCGGAGGAUCCCUUGUGUCCGGCAGGCACUGGAGUGGAUCUUGUCACUCAAUAGAAACUGAAAGCACGAGUUCUGGAGAAGAUUUGCUGGUCACAAGCCCCCCAUCUCCACCACCUCCGCCGCGCAUCUACAAGCCUUGCUUUGUAUGUCAGGAUAAAUCUUCAGGAUACCACUAUGGAGUCAGUGCAUGCGAGGGCUGCAAGGGGUUCUUUCGGAGGAGUAUCCAGAAAAACAUGGCAUACACUUGUCAUCGAGACAAAGUUUGUGUCAUUAACAAAGUCACACGCAACCGAUGUCAGUCCUGUCGCCUGCAAAAAUGCCUCGAAGUUGGAAUGUCCAAGGAGUUGGUCCGAAAUGACCGGACAAAGAAGAAGAAGGAAGAAAAGAGGCAAGUGGAGGUGGAGGUCUAUGUCUUGUCGGCAGAAACGGAGCAAAUGAUUGAGCGAGUUCGCCGUGCGCACCAAGACACAUUUCCUUCUCUUGGUCAGCUGGGAAAGUACACUACGAGCAACAGUGCUGAGCACCGUGUCCCUCUGGAUGUCAACUUAUGGGACAAGUUUAGUGAACUGUCCACCAAAUGCAUUAUAAAGACAGUGGAGUUCGCCAAGCAUCUGCCAGGCUUCACGACGUUAAGCAUUGCCGAUCAGAUCACCCUUCUCAAAGCUGCCUGUCUCGAUAUCUUGAUUCUGAGGAUCUGCACACGCUACACCCCAGACCAGGACACAAUGACCUUCUCGGAUGGUCUGACGCUCAACCGCACGCAGAUGCACAAUGCCGGGUUUGGACCGCUCACAGACCUGGUGUUCUCUUUCGCCAACCAACUGCUCCCACUGGAAAUGGAUGAUGCAGAAACAGGAUUACUUAGUGCCAUCUGCUUGCUCUGUGGAGACCGUCAAGAUCUAGAGGAGUCAGACAAAGUGGAUGUUCUUCAAGAGCCAAUGCUGGAAGCUCUGAAGCUCUAUGUCCGCCGGAGGAGGCCUGACAAACCUUGCAUGUUCCCUAAGAUCCUCAUGAAAAUUACGGACCUUAGAAGCAUCAGCGUGAAGGGAGCAGAACGAGUAAUCACACUGAAAAUGGAGAUCCCUGGUUCCAUGCCUCCACUCAUUCAGGAAAUGCUGGAGAACUCUGAGGGACUCGAGGGCCAAGGUGCUGGGGGAGGGAAAGGAAGAGACAAAGGUGGCAGGCAACAGGAAAAGCACCAAAAUUCCGCCAUUCCGUCCCCGAUGUCAGUUCCAUCUCCCAGCCAGAGCCCCCCAGUUAGAACCCCGUCCCCUUGCCUCUGA